AUGCUGGGUCAAGUCUUCUGCUCUCUCUACUGCUCAAUUGAAGUGCUGGAAAACAUCACAAUCAAGGACUUCACGGCACGGUGGGAGACCACCGAAUCAAUACGCUGGGUUCCACAGAGUGGUCACCAACAGCUCACUGGCCGCGCUGACGAGCCAAAACCUGGGCACCAGGUACCUAGAUGCAACACCCUCCACCCCACCGUCCUUGAAUUUGACUUACGAUACCUACAUUCCGCCCCGCAAUAUAAUCAAACAAACAAAAACAAAAGAACAAAAGCACCAAUGGAUUCCAUAUCAUUCCGUGAAGCCUACUCCUCCGGCGUCAGUACCUACUACGCCCAAAACGCCAGCACCUACCGAAACCCACACGAAUCCGGCAUCACAAAGUCCCUCCGUGCAAUUCUCGAAGUCCUGAUCCCCCCAAAUCACCCACCCCCGGUCCGGAUCUUUGAUCUAUCCUCAGGGUCUGGCGAAGCCACCCUCGCGGCUACCCGUUUUUUACAAACCCAUCGCCCAGCGCUUGCGUCCUCUGCCAUAAUAAAUGCCUCCGAUCCCUACACGCACGAGCUAUAUACUACCCGCACGGGACUGCCAUGCGGGAAGGAGAACUUUAAGGAUAUAUUACUGGAGGGCAGGUUGAAGGGAGGUAGGUAUGAUGUUGUGAUAUGUUCGUUUGCCCUGCAUUUGUGCUCCAAGGGGGAGAUAUGGGGGUUGUUGUAUGCGUUGAGUUUGUCUUCCAGGUGGUUUGUUGUGCUCGCGCCGGGAAAGGGGCCGGAGGUGGGGGCUGAUACGGGGUGGGAGAGGAAGGGGAAAGAGAUUAUGGUUGAGAGAGUUAGGGGAAGGGUUUAUCGGAGCCUGAAUUUCGUAGAUGAUCAGCGGGAGAGGAGGGAGUGUGAAGAGAAAUUGGGUACCGGUAUUGAGGGUGGAGAAGCGGGCGCAGAGAAGGGAAUAGAAGGCACCAUAGUGCCUGGUGAGGGCUCAGAAUUGGCAAAAGACGGCUACUGAUACCAUUACAUUCCAUCA